GUUCGGGCGUUCUUUCCAGCUUCUGUAGCUCUUUCCUCCGUGCAUUUAAAAUUAUGGCUCCGCCUCCACUCCCUUAAUCACACUUCGACCCCGCAGACCAGCUCCACGGUGUUCGGUGCAGAGGUGGCUGUUGGCUUGGAGCAAGCCUCACCCCCGCAGCCCUCCUCACCCAGGCGAGGGGCGGGCGCGAGAAAGUAGCAGCAGCGCCCCCCGCGCCGCCCGCCGGGGUCUUUCCUCGGAAGCUUUUCAACAGUCUGCUGCAGGGAGCGCAGCCCGAGGCGGCGCCGUGCGGCUGCAGCGCCGGCAAGUACCGGGAGCUGCCCGCAGCACGGCACAAAGUUUCCUGCGAGCGGCCCCCGGCGGCCAAGGUCCGCGGAGCCCAGGAGCCGGGCCAAGAAGGAGGGGUGGGUGGGUCUUUCCCGGCUCUUGACGACCUCCUCUGCUGACGCAGCGCGGAGAUAGAGUGUCAAGCGAACUUUCAAAAGCUGCUACAGACGAAUCGGCGCGGAGAUCUCCACGGUGGGGGACCCUGGAGCGGAUGGGUCAGGCCUGAGGGACACGCUGGGAGAUCCGAUCAGCCGGUGACCCGCAACUUUCCGGCGAGACUGCUGCGGAGAACGGCGCUCUGCCUCCUCUUUUAUUCUCCCAAGCUCUGCACGCGUUGGCGUCCUGCUUUGCUGGACAGCUGGGCAGUGGGUGAAUUGAAUCCCUCGCCCGCCCCGGCGCCUCCGGGCAGAUGUGAGUGUCGCUCUCGGUCCGUCCAUCGCCUUAUUUCCCAGGAGGUAACCGUCGGCUGCCCCCCCGCCCUCGGUGCGCUCUGGUUCGGGGCGCGGAAGCCAGCGUUUUGGCGGUGAGCCGGCUCUUGGAUGCUGAAGGCUGGGCUCCUCCAGCGUGGGUGCUGAAGCAGCAAUGGGUGUCUUGAAAGUGUGGCUCGGGGUGGCCCUAGCAUUGGCGGAAUUUGCAGUAUUGCCUCAUUCUGAAGGUGCUUGUGUCUAUCAGGGUUCCUUGUUGGCGGACGCCACAAUUUGGGAGCCUGAUUCAUGCCAGAGUUGCCGUUGUCAUGGUGAUAUUGUGAUCUGCAAACCCGCUGUUUGCAGAAACCCUCAGUGUGCUUUUGAGAAGGGAGAAGUGCUUCAGAUAGCUGCCAACCAAUGCUGCCCUGAGUGUGUAGCGACGAUUCCUGGAUCUUGCCAUCAUGAGAAGAAAAUCUAUGCGCAUGGGACAGAGUGGUCCUCCUCCCCGUGUAGUGUGUGCUCCUGCACUCAUGGGGAAGUCCGAUGCACCCCUCAACCGUGCCCACCGCUGUUAUGUGGCCACCAGGAGCUGGAAUUCAUCCCAGAAGGAAGCUGCUGUCCCAUCUGUGUGGGCCCUGGGAAGCCAUGUUCCUACGGAGGCCGUGUGUUUCAGGAUGGCGAGGACUGGCCAGUGAGUCGGUGUGCCAAAUGCAUGUGUAGAAACGGGGUCACCCAGUGCUUCGCAGCUCAGUGUCAGCCUCUGUUUUGUAACCAGGAUGAAACUGUAAUCCGAGUCCCUGGAAAAUGUUGCCCGCAGUGCUCUUCCCGAUCAUGCUCCGUGGCCGGCCAAGUAUACGAGCAUGGUGAACAGUGGAAUGAAAAUGCCUGUACCACAUGCAUAUGUGACCGGGGUGAGGUCCGGUGCCACACACAGGCCUGCCCUCCAUUAAGAUGUGAAAAGGGUCGGAGAAGGGCUCAGCGUCAUGGCGAAUGCUGUGAGGAAUGUGUGUCUCUUGCUGGAAGCUGCUCAUAUGGUGGGAUUAUACGGUACCAGGAUGAGAUGUGGAAGGGUUUGGCCUGUGAGUUCUGCAUGUGUGACCAUGGCCAAGUGACCUGCCAGACUGCAGAGUGUGCCAAGGUGGAGUGUGCCCAGGGUGAAAAAUUAAUUCACUUAGAUGGAAAAUGCUGUCCUGAAUGCAUUGCAAGGAAUGGCUAUUGUGUUUAUGAAGAAAAUGCUGCAUUUAUAUCCUCAAAUGUGAGUGAAGUUAAACAUAUUCCAGACGGGGAGAAGUGGGAAGAUGGCCCUUGCAAGCUGUGUGAGUGCCGGGGGGGACACGUAACUUGCUAUGAGCCCUCUUGUCCGCCGUGUCCAGUGGCCACACUAGCCCAGGUGGUGAAGGGACAGUGCUGCCCAGAAUGCACAUCAGUUCAUUGCCACCCAGACUGCUUGACCUGCUGUCAGUCUCCAGACCACUGUGAUCUCUGCCAGGAUCCCACCAAGUUGCUGCGGAAUGGACGGUGUGUGCACAGCUGUGGUCCGGGAUUUUACCAAGCUGGUGCUCUCUGUUUAGCCUGCCAGCCUGAGUGCUCCACGUGUACCAGUGGGCUGGAGUGCUCCUCCUGCCAGCCCCCCCUGUUGAUGCGGCAUGGGCAGUGUGUGUCCACCUGUGGGGGCGGCUUCUACCAAGAUCACCACUCCUGUGCAGUCUGUCAUGAGUCCUGCGCGGCCUGCUGGGGUUCCACCGAGAAGCACUGCCUGGCCUGCAGAGACCCCCUCCUAGUGCUGAGAGAGGGCGGCUGUGAGAGCAGCUGUGGCAACGGCUUUUACAACAAGCAGGGGACCUGCAGUGCUUGUGACCAAUCCUGUAAGAGUUGUGGCCCCAAUAGUCCCAGAUGUCUUACCUGUACUGAGAAGACAGUGUUGCAUGACGGCAAGUGCAUUUCUGAAUGCCCUGGUGGGUACUACGCUGAUGCCACCGGCAGAUGCAAAGUUUGUCAUAAGUCGUGUGCCAGCUGCUCUGGACCCAGGGCCUCUCACUGUACAGCCUGCAUCCACCCCCAGGCUCUGCGCCAAGGCCACUGUCUGCCCAACUGUGGAGAGGACUUCUAUCCUGACCAUGGGGUCUGCAAAGCCUGUCAUCCCUCUUGUCUGACUUGUGUGGGUCCGGGGCGCUCUCACUGUACCCAGUGUAAGAAGCCAGAAGAAGGACUGCAAGUUGAGCAGCUGUCUGGGGCAAACAUCACUGCUGGCGAGUGUCUGUCCCAGUGUAGAGCCCAGUUCUACUUGGAGAACACUGGGCUGUGUGAAGCUUGCCACCAAUCCUGUGUCAGGUGUGCAGGGAAGAGCUCUCAUAAUUGCACAGCCUGCCGGCUUUCCCAGGUGCUGUUGGAUGGGCAGUGCCUCCCUCAGUGCCCAGAUGGACACUUUAACCAGGAAGGCAGUUGUACGGAAUGCCACCCCACUUGCAGGCAGUGCCAUGGCCCAUCGGAAUAUGACUGCACCUCCUGUCACCCUCAUGUCACUCUUACUGGUGGGAACUGCAGGACCAGCUGUAAAGAAGAGCAGUUCCUCAACCUCGUGGGAUACUGUGCUGACUGCCAUCCUCUGUGCCAGCACUGUGCAGCUGAUCUCCACCACACUGGGAGUGUCUGCCUGAGGUGCCAGAAUGCCCGCUACCUGCUGCUGGGGAACUACUGUGUUCCCGAUUGCCCUUCAGGGUACUAUGCAGAGAAUGGAGCUUGUCAAAAAUGUCACUCCUCCUGCAGAACCUGCCAGGGCAGAGGACCCUUCUCCUGUUCUUCAUGUGACACUGAUCUCGUCCUGUCCCACCUUGGCACCUGCAGUGCCACCUGCUUCCCAGGGCACUAUCUCGAUGAUAACCGUGCUUGUCAACCAUGCAACACCCAUUGUGGAAGCUGUGAUUCACAGGCCAGCUGUACCUCCUGCCGAGAUCCAAAGAAGGUCCUGCUCUUUGGGGAAUGUCAAUAUGAGACUUGUGCCCCACAAUACUAUCUUGACGUCUCCACCAAGACAUGCAAAGAGUGUGACUGGAGUUGCAAUGCGUGCAGCGGGCCUCUGGGGACAGACUGCCUGCAGUGCAUGGAUGGCUACGUUCUCCAGGACGGGGCCUGCGUGGAACAGUGCGCACCAUCCUUUUACCGGGACAUGGGCUUCUGCAGGAGCUGUGACAGCCACUGUCUGCAGUGCCAAGGCCCCCAUGAGUGCACCCGCUGUGAAGAGCCGUUUCUCCUCUUGAAAGCCCAGUGUGUCCAGGAGUGUGGGAAGGGAUACUUUGCAGAUCAUGCAAAUCGCAAAUGCACAGCCUGCCCUCGGGGGUGUUUGCAGUGCAGCCGCAGGGACAGAUGUCACCUCUGUGACCAUGGGUUCUUUCUGAAGAGUGGCCUUUGUGUAGCCAACUGCAUUCCUGGCUUUUCUCCCCACUCCUCUAAUGAAACGUGUGCUGGCAAAAUACACACUCCAGGUCUUCAUGUAAAUGGUUCCCUCAUCCUUGCAAUUGGUUCAAUGAAGCCACUGGAUUUUUCCCUCCUGAAUGUCCAAGACCAAGAUGGCAGGGUUGAAGACCUCCUGUUUCAUGUUGUGAGCACCCCCACCAAUGGUCAGCUAGUGCUCUCCAGGAACGGAAAAGAAGUUCAGCUCGACAAGGCUGGCCAUUUUAGCUGGAAAGAUGUGAAUGAGAAAAAAGUGCGUUUUGUGCAUAGCAAAGAAAAACCCAGGAAAGGUUACUUUUCCUUGAAAAUUAGUGACCAGCAGUUCUUCUCUGAGCCACAGCUGAUCAACAUACAAGCAUUUUCAACACAGGCUCCCUAUGUGCUGAGAAAUGAGGCCCUCCACAUUAGCAGAGGAGAGAGGGGAACCAUCACUACCCAGCUGCUUGACAUCCGAGAUGAUGACAACCCACAGGACGUGGUGGUCGAAGUGCUGGAUCCUCCACUUCAUGGCCAACUGCUCCAAACACUUCAGUCCCCUGCAGCUCCUGUCUAUCAAUUCCGGCUAGAUGAACUCUCCAGGGGCCUUCUCCUCUAUGUGCAUGAUGGCUUGGAUAGCAUAUCUGAUGUUGUAGUCUUGCAGGCCAAUGAUGGACACUCCUUCCAGAAUAUACUGUUCCACGUGAAGACCGUGCCCAAGAAUGAUGCAGGUCUUCGGCUUGUGGCUAACUCAAUGGUAUGGGUUCCAGAAGGGGGAAUGAUGCAGAUUACCAACAGGAUCUUACAGGCUGAAGCGCCAGGUGCCAGUGCCUCAGACAUCACCUACAAAAUUACACAGGACCGCCCCCAAUUUGGGAUCCUCACUAACCAUGUGGCUUUCGUAGGGGAGGUGGUCCUUCUGGUUAAUAUGCCUGCAGACAGCCCUACUGAUGAAGGACAACACCUGCCUGAUGGGAGGACAGCAACCCCCACCAGCACCUUCACCCAGCAAGACAUCAAUGAAGGCAUCGUGUGGUACAGGCACUCAGGAGUCCCAGCCCAGAGUGACUCCUUCCGCUUUCAGGAAUCCAGCUGGGAAUAAACUACCACAAUCGCUCACCUUGUUAAAAUUAUCAUCCAUUCGACCUCUGAUGUCUUG